ACGCAUCAUGUUUUGGCUUGCACUGUUUGUGUUCGCUUCCUCAACUGUGUCCAACGGGUAUGGGGACUGUCAGGCUGCGAAAUAUUUAGUUACAAUGGGAGAAGAUGAAUUAUUAGAAACAGUGGAGUGUGUUUCAAAAAGUGAAGAUCCGCUGGUAUGCAAAAAAUUUGCAGUUUGUGAAAAACUCAUGGCACCUAGGAUUCAAUUCACAUUAGAAGAUUGUAGGAAAGAACUUGCUGCUGAAGAGCCAAAAAAGUGCUCUUCCUCUUCGAUUAUUUUUGAAACUCCGGAAGUACAAAACAAGAUAUUUGAAUGUGUUGCAGAAAAAGUUGAAAAGCUUACGUUUCCUGAGAAGAAAAUCAUGUUUAAUUUUGAAGAAUGUGCCAAAAUGUUAGCUGAAGAUCAUUGCGAGAAGGAAGAAGGUUAAAUGGAGUUAUUUAUUUUUAGAAUUAAAUCUUUUACUUUUCACUGAUCUAUAAAUAAUCAACUUUUUCAUUUGUCAUCUCACAAACGAGAAAAGAAAACAUUUAAUGUAUUAUUUAUUACAUUAAUAAACAUCACAUAUUCAGUUUUCAUAAA